AUGGAUUUGGGGACAUUGCUUCUUGCUUUUGGUAUAGCAUUCAUAUUAGUUCUGAUCUUGCGAUGGUUUAUCGAACUGUUUGUGAUCAGAAAUCUUGAAAGUAAAGCUGUAUUCAUUACUGGAUGCGAUAGCGGUUUCGGGAGAGAUUUAGCUAUACGAUGUGCAGAAAAAGGUAUGCCCGUAUUUGCUGGAUGCUUAUUUGAGAAGUCCAUAAGUGAGUACCAAGAACUAUCAAGAAAUUUUCGCAUUCCUAUUGAUGCAUUUAUUGUGGAUGUCACCAAGGAUGAUAGUGUUACUAAUGCGAAAAGAUACUUGGAAUACAAGACAAAGCAAUAUGGAGGUCUGCACGGAGUAGUCAAUAACGCUGGUAUUCUUGGUAACACUUUUUUCGACGAUUUCCUUACUUUGGAAGACUAUAAAAAUGUGGCUGAAGUCAAUACGUGGGGUGUCAUCCGAGUAACUCACGCUUUGAAACCUUUGGUAAAGAAAACCAGGGGUCGAAUAGUGACGGUAACGAGCAUAUGCUCGCGCAUCGGUUUGUCUGGAAUCGGUCCUUACACAACGGCCAAAGCUGAACUGCGAUCGUUCGGAGUUUCCGUGCACAUACUAGAACCGGGUUUCUUCAACACUUGGUUAACUAGCGCUGAGAAUGUUGAGAAUCAACUUGAUGAGCUUUACAAUAAAUGUACUGAUGAAACAAAGAGCGAAUACGGGAGGGAAUUUUAUGUCAAAAUGCGCCAAAAAACUACAGCUAUGCUGAGCUCUAUAAGCAGCAACAGAAUCGACUACGUCACUGAUGCUUAUUUCCACGCUUUAACCGCGGUAUUUCCGAGAUCGCGAUAUCAAGUAGGGUGGGACAGCAUUUUAGUUCUGCUGUGGUCAGUGCGGUCAGCUGCAGUCUGCUGCGGGCAAAUAGCAGUAGCGAUACACGUCUGGACACGACUGGACAAGAUAAUCGGUUGCACGCAUCUUCGCCAAACGCUUGUUUUCCCUGACCGUAACCUACAAGCGCGGGAAGACAUCAUUCUUUGUGAUUUCCGCGCAUGUGAUCAGAAGAGUGUCGCCCGAGUUCGCAUGUUGGAUUGAUGGGUGAUAGGAGCUG